AUGGCGUUUCUCCCGCGGGUUUUACCCUCCGCCUGGAGCGGUCCGUUGUGUCCCGUGUGGUCGCUAAUUGGGCGUGCCGCUCGCGCUGCUCGUCGCCGUCGCUCAACCCGCACCUCUGGUCGCUCGCCCUCUCCGCGGCCGCGUCGCGCCACGGCGGACGCGGCGCUGCUGCCGCUCUUGCUGCUCGCGCACGCCGUCACGCUGCUCCUCAAUUACUCCGCUGCGCGCAUCGUCGACGUUACCGGCGCCACCGUUCCUCAGGUGUGGCUUCACGAGUUUCCGCGCGCCCUCCGCCGCCUGCUGCCGAUCCUCUGCGCCGCCUCCAUAGUCGCGCUCGACGUCGCCGCGCUCUGGGCCUCCGCCACGGCGCUGCAGCUGCUGGCGGGGCUUGCGCUCAAGCCCGCGCUGCUGCUCUCCGCCCUCUCCGGCCUCGCCGCCAUCGCCGCCCCUCCCGGCAAGGUGCGCCCCUCUGCGGGUUGUGACUCCGCUACGAAAUCGUCCCAUUCCCAAGCUUGUACUUCGCCCCCUCCCCCCCCUUUUUUUCCCUUCCCUUGCCACCGCGCGGCCAUGUGGGACGCUUUAUCUGCGCGGCGCAUCCCGCGGCCGGUGUGGGGAGUUGGCAGCGGAAGCCCAGAUGCGCGCGCACGCGCAAUCGACUGGUCACUGCACGUGCAUUCAUGCCCGCAUGUCCUCCGUUUCUGCUCCCCAUCCAAACUGCUUCCCAUGCCUGCGCGCUCACUACCUCAUCCGCCCAUGUCUCUACGAUCCCACCUCUCCCCGCCACCGCGCCUCUCCCGCCCCUCCGCGACCCAACACGUGCAGGCCCAACAGCUGGUGUCGCUGUGCGUCAGCCUGCUGCUGCUGCUCCCUCCUCUCCUGCGCCCUGCACUGCCUCUCCGCCCCUCCCCUUCCUCGCCCCCCGCCGCGCUCAUCCCGGCCCGCCUCCCCCUCCCCCUCGUCGCGCCCGCCGCGCUUCUCCCCUCCGCGGAGAGCGCGUGGAUGGGCGCGGCGCUGCUGGGCGCUUGGUCUGCUGCCGCACACCUUCCUCCUGCUCGCCUGGCAGGUACGCCCCUCGUCUCCUCGUUCCCGCUUCCCCUGCUUCUUAGCCGCUUCGUUGCUUAUCUAUCUAGUGCUGUCUCUUCGUCGCUUCAUUGCAUCGCUUCGCCCCUCGUCCUUUUUCGGGUCCGCUCGCUUCGCUGUGCCGUGCUGUCAGGGAUCCGCUUGCUGCUACUGCGCUCAUACCCGUUUCACGUUUUGAGACGUCUCAAAACUGCUACUGCGCUCAUACCCGUUUCACUGUAUCUUGCCUCUCACCACCCUCUUAAACCUCCUCAAAUUGCCCGUGCCUGCCCGCAUGCAGGAAAAGGUCGACUCGGAAGAGCGCAAGCCAGAGAAGCAGGGGGCGGGCGCAAGGUGCACAGGGGGGCGGCGGUGGCGGCGGUGGGGGGAGCUGCUGCUGCCGCAGUCGCUGGCUCUGGCAGCGGCGGUGCUGCUGGUGCUGGGCGCUGCUGCAGGGGCGAUGAGGAGGGGGGAGGGCGAGGAGGACGAGACAGGACGCACUGUCGGUGCUGUCGCUGCAGGACGGCCACUGCCUCCUCGUGCAGAUGUGCGAAUGUACUUCCUGCACCGCACCAUCUGUAUCAUCGGCACAGCACCUCACUCUCCCCCGUCCUUUUCCGCCCAUCUGCCCUCCCUCCCGUCCCACGCCUCUCCCCCUUCCCCUUGCAGCUGCUCACAGCCAAGGCAGCGCCGGGGCUCUUUGCGCUCGUGCUGCUGGCAGCAGCGCACCUCCUCGCGCCCUCCACCACCCUCGCCGCCCAGCUCGCCCUCUCCGCCUUCGCCUUCCCUCCUCCCCCCGCCUCCUCCGCUCCCCCUUCCUCCCCCCCCCUCCGCGCCACCCCUCCCCCUACCUCGCCUUUGCAGCCACCCGCCUCGCCUCCCUCCUCCUCACUCUCCUCCCCGCGCUUCUCCUAG